AUGUCUAAAUCUGGCCCUUUAAAUUUGUCCUGUAACCCCAAAGUGGGUGCUGAAAUCCAAGAAGUCACACUGCAGUCUUACAGGAACACAGGAGCUGGCAAGCUGCUCUGUGCUGGAAUGGGUGGUGCUGUGCUGGCUUUGUCUCCCUGUGGCCCCACUGGUGACCCUGUUUCAUUUAGUUUGUCACCUUUCAGUAGUAGCUCCAGAGUAAUUGCUUGGUUUCAGAUCUGGACGUUGGUAGUUGGUUACCUGCUGAUGGUUUCAUUCAAGUGGAAUAUAAGCACUGAGCGUUACUUGAAAGCAGUGUCUGUCCCUGUCUGGAUUAUGCUGCUCUUUCACUUAGCUUCUGUGGCAGGUUCCUGGAGAAUUCCUCUGUUUCUGGUUAUAGUUGUUCUGAUGACUGUAGGCAUGUUGCACGAACAGCAGAAUGGAAAGGAGUCUUCUGGGACAGAGCUUCCUGGUCAGAUGAUUUCCAUUGCUGCUUCAACCAUUGCCAUGGCAAUUUCAAUGACAGAAGACGAGUCCAGUAAUGAAUGUUCCUCACAACCCUCAGGAGCAACAGAAGGUGAUCAGCCUCCAGAUGCUUCACCAUCUUCCUCCUCCUCUUCAUCCUCUUCUGGGAGCAGACAAAGACCUGAGAUUGGAUCUUUUCUUAGAAAAAAGAAAACCAGUGACAUUUAUUUCGUUACACUUGUGUGGGCCAUUGUCAUUGUCCAGAUCUGGCUAAAUUUCUGGAUUGUGCAGCUAUUGCCAGUGCCUUUUGCAGUUUGGGCACUUAAAAAACUCGUGAUUCAUUUUGGACUUUUGAACUUCAUGGCAAACCAUUGCAAAAGUUGGUGGCAACUUGUUGAAAACUUUGUGAAGGAACGUCAGGAAGCUCUUGCUCCACGGCCUAUCAGAGGGCUCGGAAGCGUCAUGCUAAAGCUUGACAGUAAGCUGUGGCACUGGCUUAAUAAGAAGAUGAUCGUGUGGCUGGAGAAAAUGCUAGAUAAAAUAAUCAGCAUUUUCAUAAUAUUUUUGCUAGUGAUAGGAACCCUUCUGCUAGCCCUGCUCCUUACCGCAAAGGUACAUCAAGAGAGUGUUCACAUGAUUCAAGUCACAAGCAGCUUGAUCAAUGAGACAGUAGCCAGUCACCCAGAAUGGGCAAACUGGCUCCCAGAAGCCCAGGUUAUUCAGAAGGCACUCAAUUCAGCAGCUAAUAAUGUAUACCAAUAUGGCCGAGAAUGGAUUACACACAAGCUCCACAAGAUUUUAGGGGAAAAAGUGAAUAACACCGCUGUGAUUGAAAAACAAGUGCUAGAGCUCUGGGACAGGCUUUAUCACUCUUGGUUUGUGAAGAAUGUAACGCACUCUGGAAGACACAAAGGACACAAAUGGCACAUAAACCGUCAAAACAGCUGGCUCGGUGAUAUUCUGGACUGGCAAGAUGUUGCAUCGUUUGUUCAUGAUAACAUUGAAACAUUUCUUUCGAUCCUGGAGUCUCUAUGGAUAGUGAUGAGUCGCAAUUUGAGCCUCUUAUUUACUACAGUUACAACGUUAGUGACCAUCCUCUUCCACAGCGGGACGGCUCUGCUCAACUUUGUCCUCUCAGUGGUGAUUUUUCUGACCACACUAUUCUACCUGUUGAGUUCCAGUGACGAGUACUACAAGCCAGUGAAGUGGGUGAUAAGCCUGACACCUCUGUCUCAGCCAGGUCCCUCCUCAAAUAUAGUUGGCCAGUCUGUGGAGGAAGCAAUAAGAGGUGUAUUUGACGCUUCCCUCAAAAUGGCUGGCUUCUAUGGACUCUACACUUGGCUGACUCACACUAUAUUUGGGAUUAACAUAGUCUUCAUACCAUCUGCAUUAGCAGCAAUCCUUGGAGCAGUGCCGUUCCUGGGGACAUACUGGGCAGCCAUGCCUGCAGUGCUAGAUCUGUGGCUUGUGCAAGGGCAGGGAUGCAAAGCCAUUUUGCUCUUGGUUUUUCACCUCUUGCCAACAUAUUUUGUAGAUACAGCAAUUUAUUCAGAUAUAUCAGGAGGUGGCCAUCCUUACCUGACAGGUCUUGCCGUAGCCGGUGGAGCCUAUUACCUGGGACUGGAAGGAGCCAUCAUAGGACCAAUUCUACUUUGUAUACUUGUGGUUGCUUCCAACAUAUAUAGUGCCAUGUUGGUGAGUCCAACAAAUUCAGUGCCCACUCCAUCACAACCGUGGCCGUUGCAGAUUUACCGGUCAUCGAGAGAGAGUCCUGAGGAGAUUAAAAUGGCUGCAGAGUGAUGAAGGUGCUGUGCUGUGCCUAUUCCACAGGAGAGAACCUCUGUCUUCUGUCUUGAGUUCACAACAGCCACGGCCUUCUGUCCCUGUCCAGCUCUGCCUGGGGACAGCUUGCAGGGAAGCAUAGCUUGGGGUUUAGGAGAAACCACUUCUCAGACAUCUGCUGGCCUUAUAUUAUAGUGCACUUUGUCUCUUCAAGACAGAAUGUCUGCUUCCCAUGGCUCUGCAUCCUAAGGCACUGUUC